GAAAAGCCAUAUCUUAUUUUAAGUGUUUAUUUAUAUUACUAAUUGGAGUAAUGUUAGUCAUAGGUAAUUUACGCGAAGUUGUUUACCUACUAAAUGCGUUUAAGCAUAUUAUAAUAAAAGCCGCUGACUGCUUGACCUUAAUACUAACAUGCAGUCUUAUUUCGUAUUCGUCAUUAAUUAACAAUCAUUGUGUAUUAAAAUUACCUAUUGUGCUUUAGUAUUACUCAUUACGUGUUAGUAAGCGCGGGUUGCAACACGUUUGGCUAGUUCUGUUAAUUUUUAAAAUGUAUUAUAAGUUGUACUUGUUCUUCGCUGUGUCCGUUAUAUGGAUGUAUAACGUGAAUGCGAUGCCGAGGGAUAGCAGCGUGAUUAACACAGAUUCUGUAUCUGGAAUUCCGGAAACAAAUUUACUCAAAGACAAAGAGCCGACGGAGGAAAGUGUCACUAUACCAGGGCAGGUUUUAUGCAAGUAUGAUAAAGGAUCCGAAGAACCAUCAGAGGACGUGGUCUGCCAGGAACAUUGCUUACCCAAAGGUUACUCAUACGGGAUUUGUGUUAGUGGCAAAUGUAGUUGUAUUUAGAAGUUUAUUGUAAAAUUCUGUAUAGUUAUAUAUUUUAUAAUAAUGAAAACAACUCCUUUUUAAAAUUAUUUUAUACUAUUAUAUACAUAAAUACUAUUUUGUAUUAAAAUAUAUCUAGAU